AUGGGAGAUUUCUUGAGCUUCACUAGUUGCUUGCUUAACGAUGUUGUUUUGAAAUUCCAAGUUUACUUGAGUUUGUUUUUCUUGUGCAAUGAUGUUACAUUGUGCUACCAAUAUUAUUACUAUAAUAGCGUAUACCCUAGAAAGUAUGGCAAUAUCGAGAAUUUGGAUACAGAGGAAAGAAGUAAGGGUGAUGAGACCAUGGUUAAUACAGACAUAAAAGCAUCUGAGGAUGACCCAGUUAGGGCUAACAAUGCAUCUGUACAUACAACAGCCAAUGCAAUUCAUAUUAGAUCUUCAAACUCCAAUUCAAAUAACAAGGCACCAUCUCAUACAUUGGUGCAAUCUAUAUCAUCAUCGGCAUCAUCGAAUAAUAAUAGUUAUAGUUCAAUCAACGAUAAUCAACAAUACUUGAAGACGUUAGCUAUUGGAUCUAUAUUAAACACAUCAGUGGCAGCGGCAAUGCCAGUUUCCAUGGGAACAAUGGCUGAUGACACUCUGUUUUCUUCAUCAAUAAAUAAGGAAGUAUUGGGAGUAUUUUUGGCCUGGAGUUGCACGUGUGUUUAUGUUGCCUCUAGAUGCCCACAAUUAUACAAGAACUACAAGAGAAAAUCAGUAGAUGGAAUUUCUCCUAUAUUAUUCGGAUGUGCAUUAGUGGGGAACUUAACUUACACAUUAUCCAUUUUGACAAGUUGUGAUUUUGUAUAUGGUGAUGCAAAAUCCAACUUUUUUGUCAAGGAACUUCCAUACAUAUUAGGAAGCUCGGGCACAGUUGUCUUUGACUUCUUAUAUUUCUAUCAGAGAUUCUUAUACAAAGGUGCUGGAAGAAAUACCACUGUCAUGAGUAUGGAUGAUUGGGAUCACAUCAACCAUUCAAACAAUAAUCAUGAAAAUUCGGUUUUAUUAUAA